AUGGUAUAUAAGCACGGGCAGGCUCUACAACACGGCCAGCUUUUGGAGAGACCGACCAUGGCUUUCCUAGUUUUAACCUCAGAUGCAACGGAACCGUUUGUGAUUCCCUCGCUUUCGCCCACCUCGCGCACCGGCAGCGUAAGCGAGCCUCUGCCGCCACGGCUGCUGUCGCCAGCGCCGGGCGUAGCGGCUAUAUAA